GAGGUGUGUUGGGGAGGGGGCGUCUGUCGUGCCUGCAGUCAUUCACUGCUGCACUUUUUUUUUUGUUUUCUUUCUUUGGGGCCGGAUGCGCCGAUCAGAGUCUCGGUGGGGGGGGCAGCGGGUGUUUGUCCUCGUUUUCCCCGGACGUGCGGCUCGUCACUGCCGCUUUUUUUUUUUUUUUUUUUUUUUUUUAACCUGCUGCUUUCUGAAUUCUGUGCGGGUUUUCUGGUUUUCUUGGACGCAGUUCUUUUCCGAUCUCCACUUGAAGCGCUUGCCUCUAUUUCCCUUAAACCGGAGCUUCACACCUGGAAGCAGAGUCAUGUCCCCCUGAUGUGCUUUGCUGGCAUCAUCUCAGCUUUUCAAGGAGUUCAUGGGAAAGCAGCGUUGAAGGGAAGAAGCUUCUGGAAGAGGGAUUCUGGCCUGUGAAGCAGCUCUUGUGUUGAGACUGUUUGUAGGGAGUCUGGUGGAUGUUUGUGGAGGGUCUGGAGGUGAGGAGUCUUGGCAGCUGGAAGGCUGCAGAGAUGGACGUUGAGAGGUUUCCUCCCUCUUCAUCCGUGACCUCCCUGCUCAUCUCACCAUGCCAGAAGACCCCGUCGCCUCAUCCCUGUACAUCGUCCUGGAGCUGCUGAUCGCCGUGUUCUCUGUUCUGGGGAAUGUGCUGGUCUGCUGGGCGGUGUUCCUCAACAGUAACCUGCAGAGCAUCACCAACUUCUUUGUGGUGUCCCUGGCGGUGGCUGACAUCGCUGUGGGAGUGCUGGCCAUCCCCUUUGCCAUCGUCAUCAGCACCGGCUUCUGCUCCAACUUCUACGGCUGCCUGUUCAUCGCGUGCUUCGUCUUGGUUCUCACACAGAACUCCAUCUUCAGCCUCCUCGCCAUCGCCAUAGACCGCUACAUCGCAAUCAAGAUACCACUCAGGUACAACAGUUUGGUGACAAGCCAGCGGGCUCGAGGAAUCAUCGCCAUCUGCUGGGCUUUGUCCAUCGUCAUCGGUCUGACGCCCAUGAUGGGCUGGCACAGGCUCCCAAAGAGUGCCAACGGCACCUGCCCGUCCGGCCUGAUGCACUGCCUGUUUGAGGACGUGGUCGACAUGGAGUACAUGGUCUACUUUAACUUUUUUGCCUGUGUCCUGAUCCCCCUGGUUCUGAUGCUGGCCAUCUACCUGUGCAUCUUCAUGGCAGCACGGCAUCAGCUCAAGCUGAUGGAGGUGAAAGCCCUCCACGGAGAGAAGUCGCGCUCUACUCUGCAGAAAGAAGUCCAGGCUGCCAAGUCCUUGGCCAUUAUCGUGGGUCUGUUUGCAGUCUGCUGGCUGCCCCUGCACAUCAUCAACUGCUUCACCCUCUUCUGUCCUCACUGCCACCGCCCUCAUCUGGCGAUCCUGUACGUGGCGAUCAUCCUCUCUCAUGCCAACUCGGUCAUCAACCCCUUUAUCUACGCCUACCGCAUCCGCGAGUUUCGGAAAACAUUCCGAAAGAUCAUCCGGCGCCACAUCCUGGGCCAGCAGCAGUCGCUGGAGAACAGCUGGAGCGAGCACAACUCCACUCACAACAGCAUCACAGACUCCAUCAGAUUCAAGGCCAACAGCUUUGACCUCCUCAAAGAGCACAGUGGCAGCAAGAACUCUCCGUGCUGCGCCACACAGACGUCUCCUGUAGGGGGCGGUCUGGUAUCCGUGUCACACCUCCCUCUGUCUUUUGUCAUGUCUCACUGUUCUAGUCCCUGUGCGGUGCCGGCCCUCUCUCAGACUGAGGUUCCUCUGAUCCAUCAUUCACAGCUCGAAGAGCAAGAUCAGGACGGUGCUGAUCCAGAGGUUCUGAAACAGAACCUCAGCUCGGCCCAGGUCUCGUCACUGUUCAGCAGACAAAGCAGCAAGAGCUGCUUCUGUGAGCCGGACAGGUUGUCCUGACACCCCCCCAAUCCAGGAGCUUUGCUAGAAAACAUCUGCUCAGGGUCUGAAAACCAAAGUAAGUUGGAAGAGUCCAUGAGAUACCAUGAAAACUCACAUCCAAGCUUCAAGGAAAUGCCCCCAUUAGUAUUUACACACUGUUGCGUAGAGUCUGAAAUCACUGCUUGUGGUCCAGAGAGCUGAACAUGUUAAAGAAGGCCGAUGCACACACUCAUCCUUUUUUUUAAACAUCAGCAUGUUUAAAUGUACUUUUUAUUUCAUUUUUUUUUGUCAGAAUGUGACGAUGCAUAUUCUUCUCUGACUUUGCACUGCUGUGAGGAGGAAGAAUGUAGACGCUUUAUUGUAGUUCCGCUCUGCAGUGAUCAUAAAAAUCAGUAGCUGUGGGAACAGCAGGCUUUUGUGAAAUAUAUGAGAUCUGAAAGUCCAUGAAACUGUGUCAAAUAUCCUGGUUCCCCAUGCAGGAGAUGAAUCCCCGAAGUGGUUUGGCUAUAUUUGGAAUCCAUUAUCAUGGCAGCUUUUGUCUCAACUCCCCUGUGGGUUCAAGUUGUUAAGCGUUUAGCGGCGACUUGUCUCUGAAACCUUUCUUUUGGAUUCUUUGUUCUUAUUCAGUUUGAGUAAAGCUGUAAAAAUCUUCUUUAGAGUACAGAAACAUCUAUUAAAGCUGAACAUCAAGGGAAUAAAAACCCACCUUUAACAAAAAAGUCAAGAUGAAUCUUUGAGAGAAAAAAUCUAAGUUGCCAAGAAAAGUAUAACCGACUGCCAUAAUAAAUGAAAGCCACAGUUGUAUUUUUCAAAGGACUGGAACUUUGACAAGAACUUUGGGUGAGACAUUAGCAAAUAGGGUAAAAAGAAAAAGAAAAUCUUUGCAAAAUGGAGAAAAAUCGGAUCAUGUUUGACCAAUUUGGAUUUAAUUAAAAAAAAUGAUUAGUUGCUAUACCAAUUAAUUUAAGCUAGAUGUAUUUAUUUGUUGUUAUUUGAAUAUUUAUAUUUGUUGUAUCUGCAGUCUACACUAAAACUCUGCUGAUGUUUCCCAAAGUGAGAUCUCUAAAGCCUGUGAGCAACUGUCAGGUUCCUUUCAUCAUCACUGUAACUUUGAGAAAGUUCUCCCAUUCAAUUCAUAGAAAGACGUGAAAUCUGGACCUUUUCACAACUUUAAUUGGUAAAGUAUAAAUUAUAUAAAUGUUAAUGUUUUUGACCUCCUCCCUUUAAAAUUUCAACAUUUUAUCAAACUAAUGGUAAAAGUAAAAAAAAAAAUCCACUAUAAACAUAAUAAACCAGAGAACAAAAACCACCUUCCACACUUUAUCGUCAAAUGAACACGUCUUUUGAUUUCACGUCAAACAUGUCAAUAUUUCUAUUUAACAUUGUUCUGGUAGAUUCUUGAGGAUCAGUUUCUUUUGGUACCUUUGAAGUGAAGUUUUCAUGUGUAUUCAUUUUGCUCAGGAAAGGUUUUUGAUAUGAAAUGGUAAUAUUGUUAAAAUCAUAUCUGUAUGAAUAAUAAAACGUAUCAAACUGGGAAGUC